AUAUUUCGAUUGACGGUUUUUUCUCUUUGUUCGCCCGAGAAAUAUGCCAGGUUAUUAUGAAGAAUAUUUUGAAGACUUCCAUACUAUCUUUAACAUUUGCAGUGGCCAUUGGAAAACUGCCAUCUUGAGGACACUUGUUUCUCUUGGCUUUAUCGAUAUAAUUGAAGCCAAAGCAACAGAAACUAAAGGCCCUGUGCUGGCUUCUGAGGUGGCUUCCUUAUGCCAUACUGACAAAGACUUUACGUAUAGGCUAUUGCGAGCUGCCUCAACACUGAGCCUAGUGAAAGAACACGAUUAUCCACAAUACUCUUUUACUGUUACUCGACUAGGAAGCCUACUUUUGAAAGACCGCGAAGACUCUGCUCGAGGUUUGAUAUUAUGGGAAGGAAGCAAAGAGCUGUGUCAUAUUUGGCUCGAAUUAGAAAAAGCUGUAAAAACCGGAAAGAAGGUUACAGGUGACAUGUUUUGGUUGUGAAUUUUUUGAGUUUAUUACUCGUUCUG